AUGCCGAGAAUGAACAACUUCAGGCGCUUGCCACAGAGCCUUCUGGUGCUCCUUACGGCCGCCUCUUCCGCGCUGGCCGUGCCGUCUCCAUGGCAACCAGUCGGGGAAUCUGUGCUACAGACUGCGGCGCCUGGUAGUACAGGCGCCGUUGCUUCCGAAAGCAAGAUAUGCAGCGAGGUCGGCAUCAACCUCCUGGCUCGUGGUGUGAGUGAUAUCCUGGCAGUGAGAAGUCAGAGCAAGACUGACUCGCUUGACCCCAACCUGCAGGGUAACGCUGUCGAUACUUUUGUCGGUACGCAGCUAUGUGUCGGCGUCAUCGGGAUGCACCAUUCAGGCCUGGGCGGCGGCGGCUUUAGUCUCGUUCGUGACAAGAACGGAAACUACACAGUCAUUGACUACAGAGAAUCGGCUCCGGCUGCGGCCUUUGAGGAUAUGUACAAAGGCAACGUCCGGGGCAGCAUCGUCGGUGGCCUGGCCGCAGGCGUUCCGGGCGAGCUAGCCGGGUUGGAAAAGGCACACAAGGAGUUCGGCGUGCUGCCUUGGAAGGCUGUAGUCCGACCUGCCGCCUAUGUAGCUCGAAAUGGAUUUCCUGUAAGCGAGGACUUGGUACGAUACAUGGCGUACGGUAUUGCGUAUGCCGGUUGGAACUUCUUGGUAGAGGACCCAUCGUGGGCUCUAGAUUUUGCGCCUCAUGGUUCGCUUUUGACGUUGGGAGAGACAAUGUACAGGAAACGAUAUGCUGAAACGCUGGAAAAGGUUGCAGAGCAUGGUGCUGAUGUGUUCUAUACUGGUGCUAUGGCUGAUGCAACGAUCGACUAUCUCCAGAAAUACAACGGCACGAUGACACUCGAUGACCUGUCCAACUAUCAAGCCAUCAUCCGUCAACCCGUCAACAUCACAUAUCACGGUUUCAACCUCUACUCCUCUGGUGCACCUAGCAGCGGUGCCGUCUGCCUUUCCACGCUGAAAACCAUGGAAGGCUAUGACGCCUCAGAUACGGCUGAUGUAAACCUAACUCUGCAUCGAUUCGACGAGGCGAUGCGCUUCGCAUACGGUGCCCACCAAGCGCUGGGAGAUCCAGAUUUCCUGUCUGAUGUCGACAAGCUCGAGUACAAGAUGUUAGACGCUUCGGAGGCUGCUUCCAUCCGGCAGCGGAUCCUCGACAACUCGACGCAGCCUGUCAAGAACUAUGACCCGGACGAGAUCUACACGUCCGAAAGCCACGGGACGUCACACAUUGUGACGGCGGAUGCGUCCGGUAUGGCCGUGUCUAGCACGACGACGGUGAAUCUGCUAUUUGGCAACCUUCUCAUGGUGCCUGAGACGGGCGUUAUCCUUAACAACGAGAUGAAUGACUUUUCUAUACCUGGAGUUACCAAUCAAUUCGGGUACGCGCCAAGUGAGGCCAACUUUAUACGACCUAACAAGCGGCCGCUGUCUUCCAUCACUCCUGUCAUUAUCGAGCACUCAAACGGCACACUACUCGCCACUGUGGGCGCGGCGGGAGGAUCGCGAAUUAUAAGCUCGACCACCCAGGUGACGUGGCAUGUGCUGGGACGUGCCAUGACGAUGAGAGAUGCGAUCAAGGAACCCAGAUUCCACGACCAGUUGAUGCCAAAUGAGGUCGUGUUUGAGUAUUCCUUUGAAAACAGCACGGUUGCGAGUAUGGCCGAAAAGGGACACAACGUCACCUGGGUCCGCGAGGGUAUCAGUGCUGUGCAAGGCAUCAAACUCGCCGGGGAUGGUAUCUUCGAGUCUGUUGGCGAGACUAGACAGAAGAACAGUGGUGGGCUGAGCAUCUAA